CCCACGCAGUCAGCAAGGUGAGGACUCGCCAAGACCACUCCCGGCUUCAGAAGAAGCUACUCACUUGGCAGCUCCCAACAGGGUCAUGGAUCUGUACAAGGAAGCUCAGACCGGCAGCUCCAUUACCCUGCGAUGGAAGGCCCCCACCAACCCCCAUUCUCAGGCCUACACAUACUGGGUCCAGUGGGCCACUGGGGAACACCCCCAAGGAGACCAUGACACCCGAGGACAUCAGGCCAACCAGACACGAGAGACCAAUCACACCUACUAUGAGGUUCAGGCCCUGGAACCCGGGACUCUGUACAACUUCAGCGUGUGGGCAGAGAGGAGCAACGUGGCCAGUUCUGCACAGGGCCUCCUUGAAUCCACAGCCCCAAGCCCGGUCACCAUCACCUCCUGCAUCAGCAUCUCUGGGGGCCAUGGGGUCGUCUUGACCUGGUCCUGCCCCCGAGGAGGCUAUGAGGCCUUUGAGUUGCAGGUGGGUGGACAGCAGGACUCUCAGAACAGGUCGUCCUGCGGGAAGAGGGUGUCUGUGUGGGGUCUCUGGCCGGCCCAGUCCUACCCAGCCAUUGUCACGACCAUCUGGGAUGGAAUGAGGGCCCCGUCUGCCUCUGUGACCUGCCACCACGAACAUAGGUGA